AUGAACAUCUAUGCCAUGUCCAGUUCAUCUUCGUUGCUGGGCGGUCCAACUGCUCACAUGGGCCCGAGUGGCGAAGUUGUCGAUCCCUCGAUUUACGGUAUUUCCAGUGGCUAUGCUCCGUCUGAGCUACGAUCUAUUCUUAGCGAUCGUUCCGACACGGGCGGUUCUGCCGUGGCUUCGCGAACACUGAAUACUGUGCACCACACGGACGACACACCUCGUACUGGUGCGGCUGGUUCUGGCCCCGCCGGUGGAACGACUGCCAUUCCCGGACCGAGUGCACGCCGCCUCAUGCAUAUGCAAAGCCAACAACAACAUCAGCAACAACCACCACCAGCACCGCAACAACAAACUACCGCACAUCCAAACGAUCUGCAUGGAACAUCGACAACAAGCACCAAUCCCCGUCAACGUGGUGCUCCCGAUGUACACAAUGGUACUGUCACUCGGUCCACAUCGGAUACUCGUUCCGCCAUCAUACCCAUGGAUCCACAACGCCUGAUCAACUCCCUUAGCCCGGUGCCCCUUUAUCCUACAACAGUCUCGCAUCAGCAUCAACGAGCAUCCUCAGAUCUGAACGGAGAUCCCAGAUCGAUCAAUGUUGGAUUGUUAGCGGCCACUCCGCCCCAUGCGUCUGUCCACUCUAAUCCGAACCCGGUCACAUCAUUCGCGCGAAAUAUUCGAGGUACGUUUUUGGAACUUGCUGCUUUUUAUAUUGUGAUCGCUGACUAA